AUCUGACAAAUAAGAGAUUGGACUAUCUGCGUUCUUUAUUUAUUUUAUUGUAAAACCCGAGAAAAGUUAUGAGUGCAGAAACAAAUGGACAAGUUGAUGAUCCCGCUUCCAGUAGCAGUGAGAAUUCAAGCUCAUCAAAAACUUUUGAGCCGCACUCAUUGAAGUUUCCAAAGCAUACUCUCAGUGGCGCUGAUGACGCGUUUAAAAGUCUUGCGGACACUUAUUACCAGCGUACACUGCAGGGAAGGAAGGAGAUAUCCGCCCCCUACAAACAAGCGAGCUACCCAAUAGAACAGAGAGAAGAUAACCAGUAUUUUGAGCGACAGUUGAGUACAAGUGUCAGUGGAUCAAGAAAGAUUCAGACCAGUGCUACACCUGAUAGACCUGCUCCGUUAAUUGCGGAAACCCUCAGCCCAGUCCAUGACGAUCCUGUUUCCGGUAGUUUCCGGCAUGGCAGUGGUGGAGACAGGGAUGGGCAUUCUCAUCUUGAACGUUUUCCGAGCCAGAUCGAGGAUGAGUUUGAUGAGAUAGCUGAAGUUAUAGAGGAGUAUGACAAUGCUCCCCUGUUCCAAAGAAUUCAUAUCACCGGGGAAGACACUUCUGGGAUUCAUACUGUUGGCCCGGUGCCGCAAAAAGACCUUGAAUUGGCCUCACAGAGUCUCGUCAAAGCAUUGAUGAUCCGUGAGAAAUAUAUGGCAAUGGCCCAGCAGACAUUUCCAAAGAUUACAGCAAGGUUCCUCCAGUGUCUGGAAGAUAAAGAAGAGUUCCAAGGCCUUACAGAGGGGAUAGAUUUGGCCGAUAAAAAAGUUUUAGAAGAAAUGAAAAGACAGUCAGAACACCCAAUCAAUGCCCCACCCAUGAGUGGCGACCCGUUCAGGAUUGAGUAUCAGGAAAGUGUAGGCUGCUCGUUUAAGAUGAAGGAAGGUGUGGUACAUGUAUACAAGAAUGAAGAAUCACUGGAGAAAGAUCAGCCACUAGACUGGCCGUAUUGUGACGUUAAAUCAUUCCUGAAAGAUCAGAAUAUCAUGUACUGUUUUAUCAUGGAUGGCCCACUAAAAUCGUUUUGUUACCGGAGAUUGAGUUACCUAUCGGCCAAGUUUCAGCUGCAUGUGCUGAUGAAUGAACUGAAAGAGUCAGCUGCCCAGAAGACAGUUCCACACAGAGACUUUUACAAUAUCAGAAAGGUGGAUACCCACGUUCACGCAUCUUCGUGUAUGAAUCAGAAACAUUUGCUGCGGUUUAUCAAGAAGACGAUGAGAACUAGUCCUGAUGAAGAAGUGUGCAAGGACAAAACUGGCAAAGUUAUGACACUCAAAGAGGUUUUCCAGUAUAUAAAUCUUGAGCCCUAUGAUCUGAGUGUGGAUUUACUAGAUGUACAUGCAGACAGGAAUACGUUCCAUAGAUUUGACAAGUUCAAUGCUAAGUACAACCCUAUUGGUGAGAGUAGGCUUAGAGAGAUAUUUAUCAAGACAGACAAUUAUAUCAAUGGAAAAUAUUACGCACAAGUUAUGAAGGAAGUGAUGCAAGAUUUGGAAGAGAGUAAAUACCAGAAUGCCGAACUGCGCUUGUCCAUAUACGGCAAGUCUCGUGACGAGUGGGACAAACUUGCAAAGUGGGCGGUAAACAACAAGGUGUAUUCUGAUAAUGUACGAUGGCUGAUUCAAAUUCCUCGCCUCUACGAUGUGUACAAGACGAAUAAACUGGUGAACAACUUUCAGGACCUGUUGGAAAACCUGUUCAUGCCACUGUUUGAAGUCACCAGUGAUCCCAAAUCUCACCCAGAACUUCAUUCAUUCUUACAACAUGUGACAGGAUUAGAUUCAGUUGAUGAUGAGUCAAAGACUGAACAUAUCAGGUUUGAUUACGAUACCCCGAUGCCAGACAAGUGGACGCAAGUGGAAAACCCUCCAUACAGCUACUACAUUUACUUCAUGUAUGCUAAUUUAGUGGUCCUUAACCAUUUCAGAAGAGAACGAGGUAUGAACACGUUUGUGUUGCGGCCACAUUGUGGAGAAGCGGGUAAUGUUACCCAUCUUGUAGCAGCGUUCAUGUUUGCUGAGAACAUAUCACAUGGUCUGAUGCUCAGAAAGGUACCAGUGUUACAAUACCUGUAUUACCUGUCACAGAUUGGAUUGGCUAUGUCACCACUGAGUAACAACUCUUUGUUUCUCAACUAUCAUAGAAACCCCCUGCCAGAAUAUUUUGCUAGAGGUCUCAAUGUCUCCCUUUCCACCGAUGAUCCUCUUCAAUUUCACUUUACAAAGGAACCUCUGAUGGAAGAAUACAGUAUUGCUGCACAAGUGUGGAAGUUGUCAACAUGUGAUAUGUGUGAAAUAUCUAGAAACAGUGUGGUACAGAGUGGCUUCCCACAUGAGGUAAAACAGCAUUGGUUAGGAUUGAAUUACAUGAAAGAGGGAGUGCUGGGUAAUGACGUAAGCCGUACCAAUAUUCCGGACAUCCGGUCAUCGUACAGAUACGAGACCCUGGUGGACGAGCUUAAGUGUAUAUGUAGAGGUGCUCUCACAUUCAAAAAAGGCAUAAAUCAGAGGGCACAUUCAGAGGGCUUGUGUAAGUACUGGGGUUCCUUUGAAUGAGAAAAAAAGGAAAAUGUUUUGUUAUUUAAUAGGAAAUGGAUUGUUGUUGAAAUUUUUUUAUAUAGAGUAGAUUUUUAAGUAUUGUUUUUGUUGAAGUGUUGUUUGAAGAUUUUAAGGGGAAGGGAGUAUGUCAAGGGGUAGGGAGGGGAAUUUGAAUUGGAUAUGGACGGAGAGGAGAGAAUAUGGGAUACACAGCAAGGGGGGAUAUGGGGUUUAGAAAGAAAGUUAUGUUUUUGUAGAAAAUUUUAAUAGACUAGUAUAAUUAUGUAAUAUUUUUAAUGUUAUUUAUGCUUAACAUAAAUGCUUAUUAUUGGAUUUUAUGUUAAAAAAUUAAUUAUUUUUUCCAUAUUUUCUGUCAAAAGUGUGCUUGAUUUUUAAUUUGUCUUGUUGAACAAUUUGCUUUGAAUGGAUUAGAAACACAGAUGUAAGAAAUUAGAUGAUCAGUGCAUUUACAUAAGGUAGUGUGUACAGAAAAUAUUUCAUAACCAA